AUACGACAAUAUAUACACCUGCUAGAGAGCCUUGAUCAGCUGGGGAGCUGCUAUAAUGGCAGAUACUUAAUCUCCGAAUGUGAGCGGGGAUAAUCUUACACUGGGUACAGCACUGGUCAAUAGAUGUUAUCAAAGCACUGUGGAACUGUUGUCACGGAUGGAUUGUUGCGGUCGUAGGAGCACUCACGUUUUGUAGAGCUACAACAUGGUGGGUUUAAAUCCUUGUGCUUGACUGGAGUAUUUACCGUGAGCGAGCGAGAUGUGAACGACUGUAAAUGCCGGCUAAGCGGGGACAAUUGGAUUGCAGCCAUGUUCAAUAUGCUGAGUUGUUUUGACCUCAGUGAUAAGGGUAUGUGGUGAUAAUUAUGUGUGAACGUUGGAGGGCAGUAUAAACUCUGAGUGUACGAGACUCCUGUUGCAGUCAUGGAGGGAGCAGACGGACAAAUCAACUCAGAAUCACUUUCCCAUGUGGAUGUUGAGGGGGCACCUGCAGACACUGGGUUUCAACAAUCUGCAGUGUCUGAAACACCCGGCAAUCAGUCAUCGGAUGGAUCUUUAGAUACUGAUGAUACUAGUCUUGAAAUCCCAUUGGCUGAUGACCAGACCAGCGAGCCAAUCAGGGAUGGAGGUGAAAUUCGAACCCCAGACCAGCUGAUCGUCCAUUCACCUCCCCCUCCUGAAAUUCUUGUGUCCUUGCCAGAUGAUGAAGAUGAAGGUCAAGGUCAGGGUGAUGAAGAUGAAAGUGAAGGUCAAGGGCAGGAAGAUGAGGAAGGUCAGUCAUUAGAUGUCAAAGAUUUACAAAGAGCUGAAAACGACAACCAUGAUGAUGAUGAUGAUGAUGAUGAUGAUGAUGAUAAUGAUGAUGAUGAUAAGAAUAUAACUGUUGUUGAGGACAUUGUUGCCGCAGUUGAAGACAACAAUCAGAAUCCCCAAGGGAGUUUACAUGAAACAGAGAAUAACGAGUUUGAUGAUAAUGAUGAAAAUAUUGGCAGUGUCAGUGAUGAAGAACAAAAUAUCGCAGACGACUCCCUCAACAGUUUUGAAGACAAUCAAUCGGGCAGCACCAACUAUAUGGACAUGUCGCCCCGAUGUAUUCCGAGUCUCUCGACGCAGAUUGUAUCCAGCAUGUUGUAUGGCGAUGCUGAGGACGACCUCCUUCAAAAUGUCAAAGAUGAUGGUCAGUCAUCUGUGGUCAGUGAUAUUUUUACUGAUGUGAGUAUCAAUAAGACACAAACUGGUCAUAUCCCAACUCAACAAAACAGCAGAGUUACCUCAACGUCCCUCCCCUCCUCCAAGAAAAUGUCACAACCCAACAGUCUCAACAGCCAUGGCUCAAAGACUACUGGCAGUCCAGCCUUCUUAAAUAGCCAAUCAGAGAAGGGCUUCUAUGUAACAAAGACUCCCGUUGGCUACUAUCUUGAUGAAGAAGAGGCUGAGAAAUUAGAAGAUUCGGUUCUCCGUGACAGCAAACACUAUACGCUGAGGGGUGACGACGGAAGCUCAUCAACAAAGGUCCCUGCUCGUAUCCGAGAAAUAAUCACACGAAACUUGGCAACAGAUAGACUAGCUUACACGAGUGUUGCCAUGUCGACACCAACCCCUCAUCAGUUGCAGGAGGAGAACCAACUUCUUUCGAGCGAGCUGAACCGUUUGGAAGAUCAGCUGUCUGCUAGUCGGUCGGAGAGGGACGAACUUGGCAUCAAGUACAAUGCUCUCAGUGAAAGGACCCGGACAUUAUUUGUCCGAAACGGAGCCCUAGAUUAUCUGGAGCAGUCCCUGAAGGGAGAUGGCCCCGAUGCUGAUUCCCCUUCCACGGGGCUGGUGCAGCAGAACAUCGAGCUGCGUCGGAAGCUGGAGGAGGAGCACUCCAGCUACAAGAGGAAGCUCCAGGCUUACCAAGAUGGCCAACAGCGCCAAGCUCAGCUCGUGCAAAAACUACAAGCGAAGGUCAUUCAGUACAAGAAAAAGAGUGAGGACUCAGAACUGCAAUUCCAAGAGCUAAAGGCUCAUUAUGAUAACGUAUCAGCGCUUUCGACACUGGAAAGUGCUGAGACAAGACUGAAGUACUCGGAGGCUGAUCACGUGAUGGACCUAGAGACGGCCCUCAUCAAGCUGGAGGAAGAGCAACAGAGGAGCUCCAGUUUGGCCCAUGUUAACGGAAUGCUGCGAGAACAGCUUGACCAAGCUACCUCGGCCAAUCAUCAGCUUACGUCGGACAUACACAAACUCACCACCGACUGGCAGCGGGCUCGUGAAGAACUGGAGGCAAAGGAAUCAGAGUGGAGGGAGGAAGAACAUACCUUCAACGAGUACUUCAGCGCUGAGCAUAGCCGACUCCUAUCUCUGUGGAGAGCAGUUGUAGCAUUCCGUCGUCAGUUCAGUGAGAUGAAGACUGCAACCGAAAGAGAUCUGGCUCAUGUGCGCACAGAUGUAACCAAGGCGGCACGCAGCAUGCACUCCGCCUGCCUGAACCUCGGUGCCAACAUGCGCAGUUCAGACACUCAAUCUCAGGUUUUGGUGGACAGGGAACGCAGCGAGAAGAUGGUCAUUGAAAAUCAACUCCGUGAGGAGAUCCGCAAAGUCACCGAGAUCCAGACUCGCUUCGACAGCCACAGCACCGACCUGUCCACUCGAGUACAAGAACUGACCAUGAUGAACGAGCGUCUCAAGAUCCAGCUUGACGAGAAGGACAAGACUGUCAACACUCUGCAGAAGACCAUUAACCAGCUUGAGGGCAACGCUAGCGAGAUCUACGAGAGGGAGGUACCUGAGACCGAUACCGCUCGUCAGAUCCGCGAAGAAACUGAAGCGCUCCAUUACGCUCUCCGCAACAUCGCUGAAGCCGUCAUCAACGAUGCUGACAGAACAAUGGAGGACAACAUAGAUGGAGUCACUUUACCUGAACCUUCAGUCCGAUCUUCAUCACCACUCAGGGCAAGGUCGAUCUCACCAAGGUCAAGGUCACCUGGCAUGAAGAGUCGAUCCCCAACUCGUUCACCUUCCCCACGAGGGCGAUCCCGCUCUCCCGCUUUCGCUGACGCCACCUUCUCAGCCGUCCAGGCUGCUCUCAACAAACGGCAACUCCAGGUAUCGGAUCUCCGCGCCAAGCUGGGAGCCAGCCGGGAUCACACCACCACGCUGAGGAAGUCCCUGGAUGAUGGGCAGAAUGAGAAGAGGCGUCUGGAACUGCAGAUCCUCAACCUCAAGGAAGACCUUGAUAACGCUCACAGAGAUAAGGAAGAUUCCUUCCGUGACCGAGACCGUAUCAAGAACGCACUGAACGUCACUGGCAGUGAGAAGUCACAGUUAGAGAAGGUGCGACAGGAACUCAACGAAAACAUCGAGGGACUCCAUCGAGAGAUGGAGAAACUGCAGGCCGCUAACUCUGAUCUCCAGAGACAGAGGGACAACCUAGAGGACGAAAAAGAGGACAUCCUCAAGGACAGGGAGAGGGGACAGAAGGAGAACGAGAGAUGCCAGAAGAUGAUCUCCCAGUCAGAGACGAGGCUGUCGUCUCAGCGAGAGGAGCUCGUUGCCACCAAGGAGGCUUUGAACCGAGCCCUCCUCGACAAAGAAGUCCUUGAAGGACAGAGGAAUGAAGUUGGUGAUGCGCUGUCUAAAGCCGAGCUCCAGAAGGCAGAGAUUGAAGUUGAGAUCAACAAGCUUAAGACAGAGGAAGCUGCACUCCGUGAUGCUCUGCUCAAGAUGCAGGCUCUCAAUGAGGGGCUUGGCCAGGACAAGAUAGAACUCAACAAGAUUAUCAUUCAGAUGGAGGCUGAAAAGGCUAAUCUAGCCAGUGACAAGUCCGCCUUGGAGCAGGAGAAGGCCGGUAUCCGCGAGGAGCUGGUCCGUGUUGAACAGGAAAAGAUGGAUGUCGAAACUGAGAAAAUCGGUCUGAACCAGACACUGGAACUUUCGGAGUUGACUCGACAACAGUUGGAGGAGGAGAUCCGCUCCCUGAAUGGAGAGAAGGCCAACGUGCAGGCUGAGCUGUCCAUGGUUUCUCGUCAGAAGCAAGCUCUGACUGAUGAACUGCUUACAGCAAGGAAAGAUCUUGAGCGCAACCAGUCAGCAUAUGACCGUAUUGUCAAGGAGAAGGAGAUCUUGAUGACCGAGAAAGGCGAGCUUGUGGUGCAGGUGACUGCGACCGAGCGGGAGAACCGAUCGCAGAGCGAGAGCGUGGCCUCCCUGGCCUCCGAGAAGGACCAGCUUGAGGCAGCACUGUAUGAGGCACAGCAGAAUGUGCAGAUGUUGGAAGUCAGGAAGUCGCAGCUGGAGGGAGAAAACCAGGAACUCAUUGUCCGCAAGGAGAACUUACAAGCUGAAAUCCAGCGACUCGUCAAGGAGAAGGAGGCUGACAUCGAUCGGGCCGAACACCACCGCGAGGGUCUCACCUCACGCAUGCAACAGAUGGAGCGUGACCUGCAGAUGGCGCUGACACAGGAGAAACAGUCACAUGAGGAGGAUGUCGAGAGACUCAGUCGAGAAAGGGAUUCGCAAAGGAUGCAGUUUGACAACGAGCGGGAACAGCUCCUCCACCAUCACAACCUUGAGAAGGAAGACAUGUCAGGUCGCUUUGACAGGGCGCGGGAGGAACUUCACGAGAAUCUGGCCUCGCUACAGCGUGACCGAGAUGAUUCUCUCCUCAUGGCCGAGAACGACAAGCAACAGGCUAUGUCCAUCUUGGAGCAGGAGAAGAGCACUCUGCAGGAACGGUUCUCCCAGCUUCAGAUCGACCUGCACAGCACCAGCACUGAGUACGAGCGACUGAAGCGAGAGUACCAGACCCGCCUUGAGACUGACCGCAGUAGCAUCAACAGCCUCCAGUCACAACUAAAGAACUUCCAGCAACAGUUUGAGGAGACCACAGAGGGACAUGAACGUGAGGUGAAGGAUCUCACUCUACAGAUCCGUGAGAUUGGCCGUCAGCGCGAAGGUGCCCUCCGUGAGGUGGCUGAACUCAAGGUUCAGCUCAAGCUGGUCGAGGAGACACGAGACUCCAUCAGACGAGACCUCAUCGACGCCAACAGGAAGAUCAGAGAAGCUGAGGAGAUGAAGGAUCAGCUCCGCAAGGAUGUCCUUGACCUUAAGCGUGCUGUGAAUGAUGAGAUCCACGAGAAGGACGCUGUAGGGAAAGCAGCAGAUGACCUCCGCAACAAGGUCAAGAAAGCAGAGGCUGAUAAGACAGAGCUGAAUCGCGGACUGCAAGAGGCUAAACAGAGGAUUAUUAUCAUGGAGGAUCAAAGGGUUGUCACGCAGAAAGAGUCUGGCGACCUCCGCAUGAACCUACGGGAGGUCGAGAAGGCUCGUCUUGAGGCUCGUCGUGAGCUGCAGGAUCUCCGCCGACAGGUGAAGAUGCUCGAUAGCGAGCGCAGCAAGCUUGGCAAGGAGGUGUGUGACCUCCAGGUGAGGGUUGCUCGGGAUGAAGACAAGGAAGAAGAGUCAAGGAAGGCGUCAUUCGUCAAACAGAAGGUCGUUGAGACCGAGGCCAGCCGUGAGGCUCUCCGCAAGGAACUGGCCAACAUGCAGAGAAAGAUGGCUGAAAUUAUUGACGAGGCUCGUCUGAAGGAACGCGACUACCAGCUGUCAGUUGAUGACGGCCGUCGGGGAGAACGCAAACUGAUCGACCAGUGCAAGAACUAUGAGAUCUCACUUGAGACCACCAACAAUGAGAUCUCCGAUCUCCGCCUCAAGCUGAGUGGCGCUGACGGCAGGGUUAAUGCCCUUGAAGCAACCCUUGCUCGGCUAGAGGGAGCUAAACGUGAUGUUGAGUUCAAACUAAGCAGCAUCGUGUCGAGUCUACGACGCACUAUUGGCUUCCGACAGGACAUGCCACGAGCUCGCAGCCCAAUCCGUUCUCGCAGCCCUAGUCCAAAACGAUCACGACCAACAUCUCCAUCCAAAGGAUUUGACAGUACCUAUGCUACCACAACUGAAGGUCGUGUCCCGAUCCCACGAACAGGAUCACCAACCCGAUCCGGCAGUCCAUUCAGGUCCACCAGUCCUCUCCGUAGUCGCAGCAUGUCCCCAAUGCGACGUGACAUAGCCGCAAUUGAUGUCGACCCUGAAGCUGUCCGUAUGGCCCUCCGAGACUUCAUGCAGCAACUAGCUUCCGCUGAGCGAGAAAGAGAUGAUGCCAUGGUGCAAGUGCGCAGCAUGGUCACACAGGUCAAGGACACCGAGGAGGAGCGUGAUCGCACAGAGAUCCGCCUGCAGCAGCUGCAGAAGUCUCUUGGUGAAGUUGAAGAAGACAAGCUCGGAAUUGAUGGCCGUCUCGCCAGCGCCCAAACAGCUCUCAUGCUGCAAGAAGAGACUAUCCGCCGCAACGAGCGGGAGAGGAAGACAAUGGCCGACAAGGUCAGCGCUCUUGAGAGGAAUGUGGCUGCCACCGAGUCCGAAAAGAGACAACUGCAGGAGAAGAUCGCCAAACUGAAACAGUCCGAGUCGAAGUUGGAGGAGGAUAAGAAGACGAUGAGAUCCUGCUUGGAUGAUGCUGAGAACAGGUGUACGAAGUUGGAGCUGACGCGUCGGUCCAUGGAGGGUGAAAUGCAGAGGUUGAAACUGUCCAUGAAUGACAAGGAGACCGAGAACCAGGUCCUCCAAGAUCGUGUUGAGAGUCUCAACAAGCAGAUCCAGGACCUCGAGACCAAGUCCCAGUCCCUCCAACUGACCGUCGACCGCAUGAACAUGUCCUUGGCCAAGACGGAAGAGGAAGGUCACCACCACAAGGACAAAGUCCAGUCCCUGAACAUGUCGCUGUCGGACAGUAACGCCGCCAUCAGCGAGUUGGAGGAGCGUGUGGCGCAGCUCCAGCGUACUCUCACCAGCAGCGAGCAGGACCGACGGGUGCUGCAGGAGAGACUUGAUGCCACCAGGCAGAGUCUGAACGAUGCCAAGAAGCAGAACCACAUCUUGAUGGAGAGAAUGCAAGCUCUGCAGUCCGAGCUUGAGGACAACGAGGUCCGCAGGUCCGAGGUGGAGGGACAACUCCGACAGAGCCAUGGUAUGAUCGUACAGAGGCAGGAGAGCGAACAGGAACUGAAUCAGCGAGUCAACAAACUAGCGAUCGAGAGACAGAGCCUGUCCGAGCGGGUUGCAUCUCUGUCCAGAACCAUUGCCAAUAUGGAGUCCGAGCAGCGUGAGGUGGAGAGAUCGGCUGUCAGGCUGGAAAAAGACAAGUCAGCCCUGAAGAAGACUCUUGAUAAGGUGGAGAGAGAGAAGCUUCGCAGUGAAGAAAUCUGCUCCAAGACUGUUCACGAACGCAGCAGCCUAGAUCGCGGUCUCCAGCAGCUGGAAGUAGACAACGUUGAGUUGCAACGUCAGGUGCAACAAAUGCAGGCUCAGUUGGCUGAGGCAGAACAGCAACACGCACAAAGGCUGAUUGACUUGACCACCAGGCACCGUGCUGAGACUGAGAUGGAAACCGAGCGUCUCCGUAGCGCCCAUCUCCAGGCAGAACGUCUCCUGGAAGCCAGGGAGAGGUCACACAGGCAGAAAUACAAGGGACUUGAGGAAACAGUGGCUACACUGAAAGACCAACUGUCCCAAGAGAUCAAGAAGCGUCAGCAGUACAUCGCUCGCAGCGUUCGAACCGGCGAUGAGAUCCGCGACAUCCGCACCAUCCUUGACAACUCCCUGUGCAACGUCGCCCGUGACUCCAGCCUCGACCCCAUCCUCCUGGAACAUGAGUCUCGCAAGCUGGACGAAUCCUUGGAGAUUCACUCCUCAUACCCCGUGCGCCUUCCCCGACAUCGGUCACCUGUCCGAGGCUCCUCCCCUGUCAGGCUGAGUGGCAUGCAAGCAUUCCGUAGAAGUGGACGUAGUCCAGUCUCACUCCGACAGAAGAUGAAGCAGUAACAUCUGACAUCAACAAAUGAAAUUUGACUGUGAUAUUUUAGCAAUGCUGUCUCAUAUUCAUGACUGGUCAGAUAACAAAAUCAAAGGAUUAACUCUUCAGUGUGAAGAAAUACUUGAAAUAUAUUUGGGAAAAUGUAUGAUUUCGACCAGUCUGAAUUCCUGCAGGAAGCAAGGAUGCUUUUCUAACAACUUUCCUGUCUAUGCAAUGUGUGAAAUGUAUCAUUAGGUCAACAGCUGCCACCAUUGCUGGUAUUGUCAUCAUGUGAGAGAGUAUAUCGUUUCCGUCCAUAUCGAAAAUCUAGUUUUAUACACAGAAUGUAAUGACGAGUGACGUGCUGUGAAAAACUUGUUUCUCGUCUUCAUUUCAUUUUUUUACAACUGUUUUCUUUUUCUUUUAUCUCGCAUAACUUGUUGCCCAAUAUUUUAACUUUGUUUGCAAUCUUUUCUCUGUAUUUGACUUUUUGUCUUUUUCUCUGUAUCCGGAUCACGCCAACAAGGGAGGUAACUCCUGUUUGACAGCAUUGUCAGCUAUUGUUUUGUUGUAGUUGUGUAACAGUAUUACAUUUUACACUGGUAUUUUCUGCUGUAUAAUUCUCCUAAUACAGGCUGUGAUAUAUUUAUUUAAUGAACAUAUUUGAUAAUUUAUGUAUUGUUUUCAGUUAUAUUAGAGAUAUAUUUAAUCCCGCACAGAGUUUGAUCCUUGCACUAGUUUUGCACAAUGGUUUUGUAGACAUUUGUCAGUGAUAAUUUAUGUGUAAAUUAAGAAUGAAAUCAUUCUACCCCCUACGAAAUAGUCCUUAUAUGAAAUCACUGAAAUGGUUGCAUGUCAAUAGUAUAUAGACUGUGUUAUGUAGUUGUUUGUUACCGUGACGACCGAAAGUCUAUGAAUGUUAAAGAUCAAUCUGUGUUAGAUACAUUGUUGAGGUUUGACGUAUGAAUAUGUACUUGUAUGUAGACUGAACCGGUCUGGUGUAGAUCUAGUUCUAACAGUUUGAGGACCAAUCAUUUUUUCAUUGGAUCACUUUUUCAUAUAUGAAUAAAGUGUGUUUUAACUCAAAA